UCCGUGUGGGCAUCACAACCCUGCGGACCACGUUAUACGACAAGCGAUUUAUCUUCACACGGACAUUCCAUAUUUUUGUAAGCUGUUUUGUAAAUUUGAAAAGUUGAGACGGAGAAAUGGUGCCGCAGAACACACACGCCGCUAGCCAGAGCGGACAACAAGCUCAGACAACGUUAGCCUUGGACGAUUUUGGAUCGUCGAUCGUGGAUCCUGGUUCGAACACGCCGUAUUCGGAUGCUACGAACUGCAAAAAGUCUUCCAACCAUAUCAAGCGCCCCAUGAACGCUUUCAUGGUCUGGUCGCAGAUUGAACGCCGAAAGAUCUCCGAGAUUCAGCCGGAUAUGCACAACGCCGAGAUCAGCAAGAGACUUGGAAAACGUUGGAAACUUCUCACGGACCCCGAACGUCAACCUUACAUCGAAGAGGCGGAACGUUUACGGUUACUUCACAUGCAAGAAUACCCGGAUUACAAAUACCGUCCGAGGAAGAAAGUGAAGCCUGGAGUGAAGCCCGAAACUGGUAAGCCAAAAACAUCUAGUGGUAGUAAAUCAGCCAAGAAAGACUUAUGUAAAACGAAAAACGGUGGCGUCAUGAAAAUCCACUCCGCGACGGCGCAUGGUUUGAAUACUGCCAACAGACUCAAACUCAAACUAACGAUCGAUAAGAAGUUCAAAGACAGUAUACGUGCGAGUAAACACAUCCCUGUGUCUGCUAGCCAGCUAACCCCGCCUGCCAAAGUCCCGUCUAGCCCAAGCGGUGAUAACCCAGCAACGCCAGAAUCCGCCAGUUUUUACGACGACGAUUCUGAUGAAGACAUGACCGACCACGUUGAUGGCUGCUCAGUUUUUGAGACGCCGGAGCCUUCACCUCAGGAACCCAUCAAGACGCAACUGCCUCAUCAUAUUGUUCAUCAUCACGUGCAAUCGGACCAAAACGACAACCCUACCUUAGCAGACUUGGAUAAUCUCACUGACGUGCUGCAGCUUCCACAGAAUUGGCAAUACGAACUUGGCAACUUAGACUUGGAGCGUCUUGGUGUCGAAACUACGGACUUCAACAACUUGAACCAUGGCUCCGUGCCUCCAUGGUUCAAUUUCGACGUCACUGGCACAAAUGGCUCAUCUCACUUCGAGUUCCCGGACUAUUCAACGCCUGAAGUUACUGAAAUGCUUCAAAGUGAAUGGUUGGACUCAUCUCUGGGACCCUUAAAAGUUAGUUAAAGGGACCAUUUGAUACAUCCUGUUUAACUGUUAGUGUGCUCACGUACAUUCGGACUGUUUCACCACCCAAAUUACGCACAAACUGUGAACCACCUCGUGAAUUCAAAUGUUGGUGAAAAGUCUUGGGAUUGUGCAAACGUUAUGUGUGCUCGAGUAAGUAUGUGGACAUCUGUCAGACUGUCUGCACAUUUUUGUGUAAAUGAGAAAUAUGUUCGCACAGUUGAUCAUGAAAACUUUGCAAUUUCUGGACUACAAACUUUGUAAAUAGUGUACAUAGAAUUUCCAUAUCGCAGCAACUGUGUGUUCGUGAAUUGCAACUAUGCACAGAGGACAGUCACAUUGGAAUUGUACAUGAACUCUCUCUUACGGCAUUUUCAAUAGAUUAUUUAUAACAAAUUCGGAGGACUUGUAUAUUUCCAAGAGUGCUGUGUGUGUAUGAAACGGACUCCUUCUCCACAUAGCUUACCAACUCGGAUGGUAAACGGCUCAUUUUGUAUAUAAGACUGUGUUAAAGCCUAUAUCUGAACAGUGAGUGACUAUGCUGGUAGUAUCAUCCAUAUUUUCAAUCUUAUCAUUUUUCACCUUUGAGCGUCACAAGUUGUGAGAUUAUGAACCUCAUUCAGCGUCAGACUGAACAUUUGUUACAUAAUUUUCUAUCUAAAACUUUUGUAAAUUAAAUUUCUAGUAUUUUAUAACAUAAUAUUUAAAAAUUCCAUAAAAUAAGACAUAAUCGUGCCGCACUGAUUAUUGAAUAGGCUUUCAUAAUGUUUUGAAACAUUUCUUAGUGAAUGAUUAAUAUUAUUGUACAGUACGUUUAAUAGUAGCCGCGUAGACUUACUGCAAUACACUCAGUAUUUGCGGAUUUCUGUUUCAACCUGACUUCAACAAUUCUACACCUACAUUGAUAGCCUCAUAAACGCAAGUCAAUUGUAUACUGAAGCACAGUAUAUAUAGGGUUCUUGAAGUUGGAUGGUAACAGAAUGAUAGAAAUCUCAAUUGAACGUGACAUCUCUGGGAUGAGUUCCUGAUAACUAACUGAAUAGAUUUAGCCAAUCAAUUCCUUUUCGAAGGCGAAAAUCCAAUAGUUGGAUCAGUUUGAUUUUUUUGUAAACUUGUAAUAUAGAAUGUACAGAUACUGAGUCCUAAGCUAUUUCCAUCGAACAAGUACAUUGCACUUAUAUAUUUUGGCCAUGAUAGCCACUGUGAUUUUAAACGUAUUUGAUACAUUUAUGUACAAUAAUCGGAAGACAUUAUUGUAGUAAAUUUACUUUUGCAAUGAAC